GCAGUGCGUAGGCGGUUGUCGUUGACUGACGUCGUGGCCAACAGCACGUGCUAACCGAGGCGGCGCGUGCAGCAAAAAGUAGUAGCAGAAGCUGUAGUGGCCCACAACAACAGCACAACAACGGCAUCAGCAGCCGAGCAGCCAGUUGAAAAGCUACACACGGAAUAUACAACACACAGCUCUAGUAUCACAACAACUAACGCUUUGGGCUAGGCAGAGAGAAGGGAGUGGGCGAGCGGGGAGAGAGUUUAACUUGAGUGAAAUUUAAAGCAGUUGAAGAAGAGGAAGCAGCAGGACAAUACACCAAUGCAGGCUAACUGUAAAAGUGUGUGAAAGCAUAGUGAGUGAGCAAGAGGAACGGGGAAAGGGAUAGAGGCUGAGAGUGAGUGAGUAGGAAUGACAAUGCGACAAUAAAUUAGCUGUAAACUGCACCUUGUUAUUUGCACCUGAAUCGAAAGUGGAUUAUAUAUUUUGCUAUAGUAUUAAUAACAACAACACACAAAAGGAGGCCAGAACAACCAGCCAGCCAGUAAUCAAAGUUAAUUUACCAACACAAGAAACGUAAACGUGAGUUCUAUUGACGCAAAUAAGAAGAAGAGGAAAAGCGGGCGAAUAAGUAGGCAACAGAAGAAUUAGGAGCAGCAACCGGAGGAGCAGGCAGCGCGCAAACAGGAUACUUAAAAUAUCAAGGCAAACACACACACACACAGAGACAUACACAAACAGGAGUACACACGCACACGCACUUGCCCGAAGGAGGUUCAUAUUUUUGGCGAAAAAACACAAAACCACCGCACGAAAUAAAUAAAAUAUAAACCCAACCACGUUGAGGUGUAUGGCCCAAAGGCAAGGCAAACAAACAGAGCUGAAAUCGAGGAGAAGAAGCAGCGAAACAUAAAGAUGCCAAAAUGCUGGACGGAGAUUGAUGCUGGCUGCCGAAGAACAGCACCCACUACAACAACCACAAGCACAGCAGCAGCAGCAGCAACAACUGCAAUAACAAUAAUAAGGCCGAGACAAACGACAAGCGAGAACAACAGCAACAAGAGCAACAACAGCAGCGACAACCGCCAAAUGUGAGCAGACAAGCGACACCAAUUGAGAUAUAUUGAUUUCGAAGUACGACGCGAUUAAGCCAUGAACGCACUCGAUAUGAAUAAACAAUUUCUGAGCGUCUCCCAGGACCAUCAGCAUCAGACCUCGGUGGCAGAUCAAAGGAGUCGCUCAAGAUCGGAACGCGCCUCCAGCCUGGCGCUGCCCCUCAAUUCGCUGCUGGACUUCUACGACAAGCAGCAGGAGCAGUGCAAGUCCGUCACCCUGCUGCCCUUGCCCAGCAACUCCGGCAGCAUCAGUGAGAGCAGCAGCCUCUCCAGCAGCAACAGCAUCGUGCGCCGACACUCCUCCCACUAUUAUCCCAUGCUCGAGGACAAGCAGAAGCCGUCGCAGCUGCCCCAGGCAGCCACCGAAAUGCUUGUAAACAUGACGGAGCAGAAAUAUUGCCAGUCAGCGCAUCAGGGUGCCUCCAUCGCGGGAGGAAGGCAGGUCCACCACCAGCAGCAGCACUUAGUGCGGGUGGACACCCCAGUGACGCCCCCACCUCCCAUUCCGCGGCGACUACUGCGCGGCAAGUCCGCCUGGCAGGCGUCGAGUCCACACCCACUUCCACUCUCGGCUGGCGGACAGGAUGGCGCCCACGGCACGGGCACGGGCACUGUGUUUGUUUAUCCGCAGCCAGAAAACGUGACCGCAGAGGCAGUGGUCCGAGGAUCGGGCGACGGACAGGGGGGCGGAGGUGCCGGGCUGCAAUCAGCACUGCUUGUUGACAUAGCCACACGUCCGGCGUCCGGAUAUGCGGAUGCCGAUGGGAUUUCCGAUGACGACCGCAUGAGUCUGGAGAACUCCGUGUUCGACGAGUCGCUAACCUCCACGCCCGUCAAGGUCGCCGGCUAUUUGGCCGGCCGCUAUGCCGGGCUGAGUCACAUGGCCAAGCGGGCGCAGCGUUCCUCCAGCAGCACCGUGGACUCCGCCUACGGCUCAUCGCUGGGCGGCCACAGUGAGCGGUUCGCUAGCAGCUCGACCAGCGUGGACUUUCGCAGUCGCUUCUCCUCGGUGGACACCCAGUCCUCGCUCGAUGAGAAGCCGCUGUCUAGCUCGAUUGACUCGCCGCUGGCCAGGGAUCCCAGGGAUGCGUACAGGGAACGUGCUGUGCUCAACGAUGCCAUGCAUAAGCUGAACAACAAUAACACCAGCCUGGGACUGGCCCUCUACUCGGCCAGCAAUAACAACAACGGCAGUAGCGUGGCAAGCGAUGGUUCCCAGCUACCAGUGGUUCCUGCCCGAAAGCAGCCGCCGCCAGUGAAGGGCAGCAGCAACAGCAGCAACUCAAUCGGCGAAACUCAGUCGCAGAGCUCCAAGGAACCAAGCAGCGUGUCGGCCUCGGCCUCCACUUCGUCCGCCGCCUCCGCAGGUUCCAGCACUAUAUCCAGCGGCACCAUGUCAUCUAUGUCAGGGCCAUGUCCAGCCGUUGUGCCGCCCACAGAUGCCAUUACCAAACGUCCAGGGCCGCCAGAGCCACCAUUACGGCAGGCCAACGUGUUUGAUCCAGUGGAGACGGGAUCGCGGGGUCACCCGCCACCUCCAUUGACUGUGCGGAACAAGCUCGGGCGCAAUAAACCGCCACCGAUAACGUAUCCUCGGAUGCAACAGCGCCAGGACUCCACGCUGUCCAGCGACAGCUACUCGAUCAGCUCCAGUCCGGGCUACAACUCCAAGCUUAUGGAAGCGCCACUGCUGGGUUCCCAGCAGGGGGGACGUAAGUCUAAUGCACCCGGCAGCGCACAGCGCCAGACUCCGCUCAUGGACUUGGCCCCCACCCGCUUUCUGGGCGGCGCCGGCGGAGGAACCGGAAGCGGAAAGCAGGGUCCUGCAAUGCCGCCACCGAGGAGUAAGAUCAACUUCCGGCAGGACUCGACCAUCUCCAGCGACAGCUUUAGCCAGACGUCCAGUCCGGGAUACAAUCCUAAGCUCAUGGAGGCGCCGCUGCUGCCCUCGUUGUCCGCCAAGCGGCUGUGCAGUGCGCCAGCCCCGAUCGUGUGCCGUCAGGGAGUUCAGCACGAGCCCAUCGAGGAACUAGAACCGCCGCAGACGAUCUCGCCGCUUCAUAAGGCGGCCGGCCAGCCCAGCAGCCUGCAGACGAUUGUCCGCUUUCAAAAUGGAGCACCGCACACCAUGUCCUUGCAGCAUCAGAUUAUUAACCGGCGCAAGAGCUCCAAUCCGUACAUCACAAACGGCCGCCUAAAGUUCCGCCUGUUCCAGAUUUUGAUCAACGCAUUCGCCCUGCUGGCUAUCGCCGGCGGUCUGGCUGCCUACUUUAAUGCGUAUCCGACUAUAAAGUUCGUGAACAAGACUAUCAUCAACACGAUCCACGUGGAGGACACCACAAGUUUUGGCAAGAAUCCAGCCCCAGGCACCUGCCUGCCCAUCAUAGUCCGGUUUUGUCAAGGUCCACAGAUUCCCUACAACUACACCGUGUUUCCCAACUAUAUCGGUCACUUUGGACAGCUGGAGACUCAAACGGACUUGGAUUCCUAUGAGGCCCUGGUGGAUGUGCGAUGUUACGAGCUCGUUUCCCUGUUUCUCUGCACACUUUUCGUGCCGAAGUGCGGACAGAGCGGGGCCACCGUGCCACCUUGCAAGACCCUCUGUACGGAGACGAUGCGCCGCUGUGGCUUCUUCUUCGACGUUUUCGGACUGAGUCUGCCCGAGUACCUGAACUGCAAACUCUUCAAGGACUUUCCGAGUUCCGAGGACUGCGUGGGUUUGGAUGAGGUUCGCGAGGUGAUGAGAGCCGCCACGCAUCCCAAGUGCGAUGGGUUCCAGUGCGACCAGAACCGUUGUCUGCCGCAGGAGUACGUGUGCGAUGGCCACCUGGACUGCAUGGACCAGGCAGACGAGGCCAAGUGCGAGCGUUGUGGACCGGACGAGAUCUACUGCGGCGACAGCCAGUGCAUUGGAACCAAGCACAUAUGCGACGGUAUCAUCGACUGUCCCUACGGCCAGGAUGAGCGCAACUGCUUGAGGCUAAGUGAGCGGAACGGCGAUGUGGGCACCGGUGUCCUGGAGGUCUAUCGCAUAGGCCAGCGGCAGUGGAUGCCCGCGUGUGUGAAGAACUGGGAUCGGGCAGUAUCGCCCAGCGCUGUGUGUUCCAUUCUGGGCUACUCGGCCGUGAAUGCCACCAGUGUCCUGACCCAACUUACUCACCGCCCACUGCUAGCCACGGUAAAUGUGUCCACAGAUAUAUGGAAAAUGUACGCCAAACGAAAGUCGACCUUGAUGCAGGAGUUUGCCAACUGCAAAAAGACAGAGGAUUAUCCAAUGGCCGAUCUAACGUGCUCCAAUUAUGAGUGCGGCCGAGUAAAGCGGGGUAGACACAAGCCAUCGAGACGCAUCAUUGGAGGAACCCAAGCCAGUCCCGGCAAUUGGCCAUUCCUGGCCGCAAUUUUGGGCGGUCCGGAGAAGAUUUUCUACUGCGCUGGCGUUCUAAUCUCGGAUCAAUGGGUGCUCACAGCCUCCCACUGCGUGGGAAAUUAUAGCGUGAUCGACUUGGAGGAUUGGACCAUUCAGCUGGGCGUGACGCGUCGCAACUCUUUCACCUACUCGGGUCAGAAGGUCAAGGUCAAGGCCGUAAUUCCGCAUCCGCAAUACAACAUGGCUAUUGCCCACGACAAUGACAUAGCCCUCUUCCAACUUGCCACGCGUGUUGCUUUCCAUGAACACCUAUUGCCCGUAUGUUUGCCGCCGCCAAGCGUGAGGAAUCUGCAUCCUGGCACCCUGUGCACCGUCAUCGGAUGGGGAAAGCGGGAGGACAAGGAUCCCAAAUCCACGUACGAGUACAUAGUCAACGAGGUGCAAGUGCCCAUCAUCACGCGUAAUCAGUGCGACGAAUGGCUGGACAACCUGACGGUGUCGGAGGGCAUGGUCUGUGCCGGGUUCGAUGACGGAGGCAAGGAUGCCUGUCAGGGUGAUUCGGGCGGUCCGCUGCUGUGUCCGUAUCCCGGGGAGAAGAAUCGCUGGUUUGUGGGCGGCAUAGUCUCCUGGGGCAUUAUGUGUGCGCAUCCCCGUCUGCCGGGCGUAUAUGCAAACGUGGUGCAAUAUGUGCCCUGGAUACAGGAGCAGAUCGCGAAGCAUUCGCGUCCCAUUAAAGAGGACCGCGUUAACAAGUAUGACCUGCAUCCCGGAGGACCCGAUAUACUAUCCAAAAUAGCCACUGACCCUAUGCGCGAGGGUGCACCACACCACUACACUCAUUCCAGGACGUCGUCCAAAAAUUAAUCCUGACCACGGCUUUAUGCCGUGACUCUUCUAUAAGAAGAGUCACCACAGUCGUCAGGUGAUUCUGGAACCGAGCAUAUCCAUGAAACAAUUGCACAAAUUACGAAAGUCAAACGGAACAGAUGGAUCCUGUAGGAUACAUACAUAUAUUUUGCUACUGAACUUAGGGUAUUAGCCAGCCGGCUAGCACCGAUUUGGGCAACAUAAUCAUGUGUCAAUUUGCCGAAUUUAUUUGUCAAUUUUUUUACAAAGAGAUUUUUAUGAACCUAAACCGCAGACAUUUUAUAACCCAGACAAACCGAAAAAGGGGGUGCAAACAUAUGUCAAUACAUAUUGCAAGAGCGAUUUAUAUAUUACCACGUAAAUGGAAAGUAACCGUUAUGUACCCAAAAUCUAAAUAAUUGAUAAUUGUGUCUAAAUACCCCGAAACCCAGAAUAUAAUUCAAUUUUGUAGCUGAAUUUUGUGUUGAAAAUGAACCCUGUAUUAUUAUAAGUACGAGUAUUACUCCACUGGAAAAAUUAUGAUAAUCGAAGAAGAAUUCAGAAAAAUAUUGUGAAGUAUAAAUAGUAGAAUCCCAGCUAUUGAGUGUUGAAAAUUAAUGCAGGAAAUAAGAAAAUCAAUUGUAGAAACUAAUGUAUAACUAUAACCAAACCAAAUCAAAGAAAACAAGGAAUCAUUGCUGAUCUUGGGCAUUUGAUGGACGUAGCAGUAGGCUCUUCUCCAAACCCAAAUAUGCUGUCUUACAACAACAAUGAAUCUAAAAAACAAUAAGAAAGUGUGCAGUUGACAAUAAUGAGAAAUGCACAAUAAGCAACUAAAUGCGAUUAGAUAUAAGCCAUGAAAAUAAUAACUACAAUGCGUGGGUUUCAGCUUUAAAGAACACAAACGAAUGGCAAGUCGUUUAGUCUGGCUAAAGUCAGAUCAAAAGGAUUAGGAUCAGGGGAUAAUAAGGAUCAUACUUAUACACCUAGCAUACGAAUCGACUAUUUACGCGGUGAACUACAGAAGGUACGAUAGUACUCGCUUCGAUAGUGGAUAUGUCAAUGUAACUUAAUAUUUAGAACUAUUUACACGCCAACGCCGCACCUCGUUUGUCACGCCCACUUAGACUGGCCGCUUGGGUCGAAGCUCGAGGUAUUGUCCCGAUUUAGAUCUCUACUCAUCCAUAAACCAGGUCUGGUAUCGUACGAUCUGGAAGAUACAAUGCUUGAGUGCUGACAUUCGUAGGCACAACUAUUUUGCAGAGGAAUCGCACGUAAUGAAUGUAAAAUACGCGUAACUAAAGACUCAAAAUCGGUUGUUUCAACACACAGAACACACACAAACACACCAGAGCUUCGCGAUGUGUACAGCUUUGAUAUUGUUUUCGAGUCGAAACCGGAACAUGAACCGGAAGUGGGUCGGAUUUCCGGUAGCUACAUGUUUUUGACUUAUCGUUUCUAGUUUCUAGCAAAAACCUGUUGAAAUGCUUUAGACAAGAGAUUGCAAAUGUAUAACCGAUCACUACUAGAUCUAGUUGGUCAUAUUAUGCCUACCAAUAUAUAUAUAUAUAUAUAUAUAUAUAUAUAUAUAUAUACAUAUAUGCAUGUUUUGUACAAUCAGUUUACAAGUGGAAAAGUAUUAUUAGUCUUAACGGGGGGUUAAAUGAAGCGCAUAUUACACAAGGCACACGAUGUUUUAGGCGGAACAUGAACACAAACCAAUAUGUAACUGAAAUAUAUACAAGAAAUAUACAUAUAACGGAUACAUAUAUUCUAUAUAUAUAUUGUAGUGCUAGCAAUUAAGCAGAUGUGAUGGUGUCUAAAUUUAUACAUGCAUAUUAUCAAGCGAAAGUGGAAAGCUUAGAUUAUACUCGAGACAAAUCUGUGGGCUGUUGUAGAUCGAGCAUACUAGCUAUAAUGACAGAGUACAGAUCCAGGACAAUACAAACUUAUAAAGAUAUACCCAUAUCAUAGAAACUAUGCUUACUUCAAUAUCGUGCAGUGCAUGAACACAAGCCCGAGUUUUCCUGAAACUCUCAGGGGUUUUACUACUAAGCUUCAAAUGCAUUGACGUGAAAUCACUGACGACUUCAGGACCACAUCGGAUGGAUAUAGUUUGUGCUUGAACUCAGGCAGGACUCCUUUGCUGUUGCUUUGGACAGUAAGCCACCACACCUUUCACCCUUUCAGUUUUCUGGGGUUCACUCUCCUUGUGCAUUUACGAUCAUUCGGAUCAUGGCGAGCUAUUUUUAUACACCCCAUGCUCCAGGCUACUAUCAAAACGCUUAGCUUUAUGUACAUUUAGUCUAAAUCGAAUACAACCCAUAUAUUAUAUAUAUUGUAGAUGUAAAAUGCUUAGCAUUGGCGAUCGGAGUGAGUGAAAUAAUUUACACGUGGCAUGAACUGCAGAAUAGAUAAUUACUAAGUACAAUACGCAAACAGUUGACACUCAAACUCAGAAUCGCACAAGCCCCACAUCCUAGUUGAAAUUCUGCGCUUAACGGGGAUCGUCCCCAAGGAUUCGAUUCAGUUUCGCAUGCUCCAUGUGCAUGGAGGGACACACUACACAAAGUACAUAAGAACAGGCCCUAUUAAACAAAGAACACAAGAAUUUGUAGCGAAAAGUUAUGUGUAAAAUGUAGCAAAAUCCAAAAACCAGAAGCUGAUAAACAAACUAGUUGAAUUUACAUGUGUCGCGCAUUAUAAAGAUGAAGCAUAGUAUAUGUACUCACGUAUCAGAAUAUUAUAUGUAAAUGUUUAAAGAUGAUAAUUUGAUGAAAAGCACUUGUUAUCUAUGCACAGACGGAACUUUGUGAAGAAUUUACAAUAACAACCUUUGACAAUAAAGACAAACUGAAUUUGUUUUCCUGUGAGCUAGACAAGCGCAUCGGAGGCAUUGAGAAUUUAUGAAAAGUUUUACAUUCAGAUCUUGAAGUUUUGACGCAAAUCGAACAAUAUUGUUGAACAUUUAUUUUUGAAAACUCAGAGAGUACCAAAACCAUGACAAUAAAGCCGGCAUUUGGCCAAUGUCCGACAAUAACUGGGAAAGUGCAGUAAACUAAAUGUAACUACAUAAAGUACACGCAGACACACGUAUAACCAACUAAAUGCUAAAAGCAACAUGUCAUACCAAACAUGAUAUAUACCUACAAACAUAUAUUAUAUAAAUGUUAAAAAAUAAAUGUAUAAAACCACAUAC